AUGGAGCGUCUAUCCCUAAACGAAAGCCCUGCCAAUGCGCAACGCAGCCCCCGCCCACAGACCCAAUUCGCACAGCAAUCCCAAAAUGCCCUCGGUCCAGCAGGGCCCCAGCCAACAGGCGGUCCCCCGCAAUUACCGCCGCAGAUGUUCACCACCGCUGCCCAGUUGCUUGAUUUAACGGAUAAGAAACUCGUCCUCAUCCUCCGCGACGGACGGAAACUCAUCGGUGUCCUACGUAGUUGGGACCAGUUCGCAAACCUUGUUUUCCAGGAGACUAUCGAGCGCAUUUAUGCCGGUCAACUGUAUACGGAUGUUCCGCGGGGGAUCUUCAUCGUCCGUGGAGAGAACGUCCUCCUACUGGGCGAAGUGGAUCUGGACCGUGAAGACGAUAUCCCACCUACGCUGACCAAGGCGUCGUUCCAGGAAGUGAUGGAGUUGAAGAAGAAGGAAGAGGACAAGCGGAAAAAGGGCGAUAAGAAGCGUUACGAUGAGUUGCAGGCUCUCGGUUUCGAGCCCGAACACAGCGGCGAGAUCUUGUUCUGA